CGUGAGCCAGUAUUCAUUUCAGUCCGAAACGAGUAUGCACAUUAACGUGUGGCUAAUUCAAUAUUUGUUACAAUAAACAAAAUUAUGUGAGGUUCUUCCGUGUCAUUUAUCUUGUUAAAUAAUUUCGUGCUACUUCUUCUAAUACCAAAAUCGAAAAGGCACAGGCGUUCCAAUAUCGAGAACUUCAGAUAUAAUGUGCUAAAGAUAUUUCACUCCAAUAACUUUGGCUGUUUUCGAACCUGAUAUUCAAACGUCACACCCAUUUAUUUGUUUUGCAACUAAAGUUUUGUGUUGUGUUCGAGUCUAUCUUCAAAUUUAUACAAGGCGGAAUAUUACAGCGACAAAAUGAAAACUUCAUUAAUGAAUCUUACCUUUGCUGCUGCUGUGGUUAUUUCAAUUAUGGGAUCAGCAUCAGCAAUAAAUUGUUAUGUGUGCAAUGCGACGGACUCUGCAACGCCAUUCCAAUGCGGUGAAUGGUUCGAGCGAUUCGAUACACCGGAUAUUGAACCACAAGAUUGUUCCGGUGUACAUGGGGCUAAGUAUUGCAUCAAGCAUAUUGGAAGAUUCGAAGUAACAUCCAUCAAAUGCUAUCAAUGUUCAGCCGAUAAAACAAUUGAUUGUUCGGAUUUGAUGAUUGCCCAGCCGGAUGCCCAGAUUCAGCCCGAAGAGUGCGAUUCAGUGCAUGGUGCAAAGUAUUGCAUAAAGUCAACAGCUCUAAAUGGUGGCAUCGGUGCUAAACGAUUUUGUUCAUCCAAGGACUUGGGAAAUUACUGCAACUAUGUGCAAAACAAAGGUGACCGAAUGGAAUACAGAUCUUGUAUUUUCACAUGCAGCACAGACGGAUGCAACGGAUCAACUCGAAUAAAUUUAAGUUCAUCAACUGCGGUUGGGUUAUUAGCAAUUUCAUUAGUUGCUCUAAUUAAGAAUUUACUGUAACUUUUGUAACGAGUUUUUAUAGAUUUUUAACUACAAACAAAGUCCGUCCAAAUAAUGAUUGUAGUACAAUGACGUAAAUUCUAAGAUUU